GGCCUGUGCAGUGCAUUAAUUAAGAAUGAUGACGUCACGAGCAUAGUUUUUCUUGUCAACGUUCGCCCCUGUCGGUUCACAUUCGCCUGACCUCCGACCGCAGACGGGACUCCAACCAAGCCCAAAAAUGUCUGAUUUCUCAGAAGACCAGAUCAUCGAGUUCAAGGAGGCCUUCCUGCUGUUUGACAGGACAGGCGAUGGGAAGAUCAGUUACAGCCAGUGUGGUGAUGUCAUGCGGGCCCUUGGCCAGAACCCUGUCAACGCUGAGGUCCUCAAGGUCCUGGGCAACCCCAAGUCAGAAGAGAUGAACCACAAGAUGCUAGACUUUGAGCAGUUCCUGCCCAUGCUCCAGGCCAUCGCUAAGAACAAGGACCAGGGCUCCUUUGAGGAUUUUGUGGAGGGUCUGCGCGUCUUCGACAAGGAGGGCAAUGGCACAGUGAUGGGCGCUGAGCUGCGCCAUGUCCUCACAACACUUGGUGAGAAAAUGACAGAAGAGGAGGUGGAGACUCUCUUAGCGGGACACGAAGACGCCAAUGGCUGCAUCAAUUAUGAAGUCUUUGUCCGCCACAUCAUGUCUGGCUGAGCAGUGGGUACGAGCAGACCCCCCAAAAGCCCCCCCCUCGAACUUGUCCGGAUGGUGAUGAGUGGUUGAAGAUUUCAAGAACACAACCGGUUAAUUUUUUUCCAAAAUGUUUUUUCUAUUAUAUGUAACGUCUGUCUCACCCCCAUCCAAAUCUUGUUUGCCCUCAUUUUGUGAUAUUUUCUUUCGGAAGUGCCUUUUCUGUGUCUUGAGUUGAAGAGCCCCCUUUUUUUAAAUUUCACUUCGAAAUAUCAUCAAGCCACAGAGGUGCAUGCGAUCACGCCUGGCUCGUUGACAGAAUCGGCAAUAACAUUCCCUUCAUUAUUCCAUACGUUCCCAUCUCCCACCCUGUCACUCAACCCCUGUGUCAGCCCUGUCGCCCAAUAGCUGUGUUUUUAUACAGAGGAGAUGCAUGUUCAUUGGCUGAGACCAGCUGUAAUGUGGAUUUUACCGGGCCAAUUAUGGAAUGGUAGAUUUACUGUCUCAUGUAUAUGUUGUAUCAAAUUAUAUUUAAUAAAAAUCCCCAGUUUCUGAAAA